UGGACAGAGCACAGUUGGCACAUGAAAGAAUGACAGAAUGAACAUCUGAGGGGAUUAGCCAGCUCAGAGGGCUUUAAAAAGGGACAGUCGGACAGCGAGAGGACCACCACAAGAGAGAAACCUCCCAGCUCAUCAGACACUUUGAAGCCUCAACAAAAGUAACUAAACAAAAUGGCAGAUGUUGCAACUCCCGCCGACAAGAAGGCACCUCCUAAAUUCAAGCAGAGGGCUGCUCGCACAUUCAAGAGCAAGGCCCCUAAACCAGGCCAGAAGGGAUUCGGAGACGACAUCCCCGGCAUGGAGGGUCUCGGCACAGACAUCACAGUGGUGUGCCCAUGGGAAGCCUUCGGGGACAUGGAGCUCAGCGACCUGGCGAAAUACGGAAUUGUUUAGACCUCUUUCCUCUGCCUUUACCCCUACUGCCAUUAUUGUCCCUCAUGUGUUCCUACUGUUGAAAAGCAGCUGAAAAUCUACAACUUGUGUGCUCUGGAGAGAAGGCAGCCUUUGAUGAUUUAGAGGUCUGACCUGGAAAAUAAGAUCCAGAUCUCUCUCUUGUCUCGUGCACUUUAUUUGCCCCUGCCUACAGCAGAAAAAAAGAAUCAAAUGGAGUAUAUAUUUUGUAAAUAUGUGAGAGGGUUUGAUAUCUGUUACUGUGAUAUCCUGGUGCUGCUCUGCUCUUCUCCUGUCCCCUCCUCUUCUCCUCAAAGCUGCUGACUCAGCAUGCACAGAUGUCUAUUUUGUGUAAUUAGCAAAUCAAAUUUUAUUUUCAUGUGAAAGUCUAAAUGCACUUCGGUUCAAUUUAUUUUUUCAGUUGAAAUGAACA